UUUGUAUAUAACUUGUUGUCACAGGGUGUUAAGCCGCAGACGGCAUUUAAAAACAUUCACGACCAUUCAUUACACUGUGCGUAUAGUACCGUUAUUGUUUCAUUACCACCUCAUUCAGUGAGUAUUACCGACCAUUGAAUAUCAAAAAAUAUAUAUACUGCGAAUAAAAAAUAAAAAAUAUCACAAGUCCGAAAUUGCCAGACCCGGUGACGACAAAAAAGGGCAUAAUUGAAAAAGGCGGAAUGCAGAAUGUCUUAGGGAGAACAGCGGCCACAUUGGUUAUUUUGUGUCCUUUAUUUGUUUUUUCGUUGCCAGAAUCAGCGAUUCAAUCGUCAAUUAAAUCUAGCCAAAACGACCAAGAUAAUUCAGACUAUUCAAGAUCUUUUGACGAAGAUCAAGAGGAAAAAAGAGCAUGGAGAGAUUUACAAACGGUGGGCUGGGGCAAACGAGGUUGGCAAAACUUAAAAAGCACAUGGGGCAAAAGGAGUCAAGACUGGCAAAAUCUACGUUCAUCGUGGGGAAAACGGCAAGGUUGGCAAAAGCUACACGGAGGAUGGGGAAAACGCAGCUGGAAGGAUAUGCAGUCGACCGGUUGGGGGAAGAGAUACAGCGAUCAGUUUAAUGUUCCAUGGUCUCAAUAUGAUGAAUAUUUAGAAAAGCACGAUGGUGAUAAUGUAGCAGACAAACGGUCUUGGGAUAAUUUACAAGGAUCUUGGGGUAAACGGGCCGCUGACUGGACAAGCUUUAGAGGUUCGUGGGGAAAAAGAAGUCUACCAUUAGACUACUUGAGUGACUACUUUGAAGACAACUACAAACCAUAUAAUUUUUCACCGGGAUACAGCAAUUAUUUGUCUAACUUAAAAAUGGAAUCUGAAAAUUGAGAAACUAAUUCUUAACAUUUUUAAAAAAAUCUACAAUUUUGAAAAAUUAUAAAUAUUGUUAGCUCUGUAUCAGUUAUGAAUAAUCAAUUUACUGUAAUGUAUUAUUACAU